AUGGCCCCAGGAAAGAAUAUGGAAAUAGUCUCUAGAGUUGGUUUGCUUGUUUUGAAAAGUGGAAAGUGUGUGGUGGGGUACAAGGAGAUUCUGAAGAUGAUCAGACAGGGCAAACUGGUCAUUCCUGACAACUGUGCAGCUGUGAGGAAAUCUGGACUAGAAUACUAUGCCCUGUUGGCUGAAACUGGUGCCCAAUACUACAGUGACAAUAAUAUUGAACUGGACACAGCAUGCAGAAACUAUUACAGAGUGCAUACACUGGCUGUCAUUGAUCUAGGUAAUUCUGAUAUUCUUAGAGGUAUGUCAGAACAGACUAGAGAAAGGUAA